UUUCCUGUUUCGUUUGUCAUAGAUGUCGGUUCUUUCGCAAGCGGACCGAAGUUAAUAAAUUCAAGCAAAAGCAUAAGUGUAUAUUGUAAACAGCACAAAAGUGCGGCUCAAGUUUAAUCAAAUCGAGUGAUAUUCAAAGUAAAAGCAGUCUCAUCCCUCCCUUCACACAGAAUGCAUCCGGAUGAGCCACCACAGUCGGAUAGCUCUGCCUUAGAUAAUGCGCUGAACGUCUUAGCACAGGUGAAUGGCAACGCCUAUCAAAUGAAUUUGCUGCCAGAUCGUCACAUUGGCUUUCCGUGCCGUCAGUGCCAGAUGGUCGACUAUGCCGGACUGCGCUAUACGUGCUUUCACUGCAAGAAUUAUCAUCUGUGCGGCAUUUGCUACUCGGACAAUCAUAUGCCGGCAUCGCCGAAUCACAAAUAUUAUCACAUAAUGCAGGUGUUCUACACCCGUACGGCGUUCCAGCUGUACUAUGACGGGGAGGAGCCGUCCACCAGCCCCAUGGACAUGCAGAGCUUCAAGUGCGCCCUGUGCCAGCGGCUGGGAUUCACCAUUGAGACGCUGUACCAGCAUCUGCUGGAGAUGCACCGUGACCAUGCGGACUACAAGGAUUACCUGCUGAUGGCUUAUUCGUAUUACUUUGUCGACUACACGUCGAGACAUCCGGGUGCUGUUCCGCUGAUCGCCGCCCAGGUCGUGGGGGGAUCGGGAUCCCGUUUGCAAUUGCCAGCGCCAGCACCAGCCCCAGCCCCAUUAGCGCCUCAACAAGCUCCCAUGGCAGCGGCUUGGAACCCACCAAUUGCUGGCCAAUCUGCGGUAGUUGCAGCCGCAGUUCCAGUGCCAUUUCAUCCGAUCGCCGGUCAGGCCACAGCGGGGUCGCCAUUCCAACUCCAAUUGCCAGCGUCAUUGCCGCCAGCUGCAGCUGCAGCUCCAGUGCCAAUAAUUCAGCUUGAGAUACCAGGUUUGGCGCCAACAGCACCAGCAGCAGCCCCAAGGACCGUUUACCGUUCGACAGCCCGUGCCCCCAUCACUGAGGCAACCAUUGUGGCCAUGGACCGUGUGUUGUUUGGGCUGCAGCGUGUGAUGGAUCGGCUGCUCAAUCUAGACUUAAAUAUCGACAGUUACGAAGCGCACUGCACGGGACUAGUGAUGCGGGCACGCAGCCUGCGCGAACAGUUUUCCCACCUACAGGCCAACAAUAUAGCCCACAAUGGCAUCGCCAGCAAUGUCGAUCGCAUCUGCCGCCUGAUCGAGAUGGAGGGGAUUUCACGCCUACGAGCGCGUUGGGAGUCACCGCCAGUGCCCACAAGUCGCCCACAAGUCCCGUUCAGUUCGGUCUCCAGCAGGCCAAUCAAUCGACGCGUCCGUGAGGUGACGUCGACUAGGCUGCAAGAGCCGCCCCUACCACCGGCAGCUGCCAGUCGUCGUGCCGCUGCUAUGCCGCCGCUGCACGCACCAACGGAGGGAUCGAACGGAAAUGUCAAUGCACGUCAGCACCACUUGAAUACGUUCUUCCUGUGCGAUCAGUCGGCGAUUCGUAGUCCCUCUGUCGGCCGCGGUUUGCCGAAUUUAACCCGCGCCCAUAAUGUCAACCCAUUGAACCUCGACAGCGUUGCGAACCGACACGGCUCGUACCUCACAAGCUGGCAGGCUGUGCCGCAAAACCGUCAGGCUGUGCCGCAAAACCGUCAGGCUGUGCCGCAAUACCGUCAGGCUGUACCGCAAAACCGCCAGGCUGUUGUGCCGAACACAAUCCUCGUGGGUCCGCUUGGGGCCACACCCGUGGGUCUGUUUGGGCCACCACCAAAGAAGAGCGACAACAUCACAGAGCUGGUUACUGGUGCCGAGCCAAAGCUGAAGAGCAUAGAUAAACCGAACGACAAAUGGGAUCUCACUGAUGAUCGUUUUUGCUGCUCAAAGCUGAAAAAGGCCUUUGAAAAGAUGCCUGGAAACACUGAACACGACAGAAAGGUGUCCAAGGCACGUUUCGUGAAUGCUGUCAUCUGCUCCAUGCUCACCGAGGAGGAGCUCAGCUCCGUGCCACUGGACUUGCACUCGAUGCAGGAAAUGCGCGCCAAUCAGACACCGCCCAAUGCCACAACAGCUGGGGCUAUCAGCGAGCUGAAGCCACUGGCGGAGCAGCUCAACCAAGGGCCACGUUGCAUGCCGGUGACCCAGAAUGUGGGCCAAGCCCGUGAGUCGGGCGUGAAUGCCAUGACCAAGUAUCUUAAAGGUCUCGUGGAUUAUCAUCACUGGUUGGACCGUUUAACCCAGAAUAUUGAAGCCAAGAAGGGAUCCAAAGAGAGUGAAGACAAGAAGAAGGGAUGCAAGGAUCCAGAGGCCCAGGCAACAUCCAGCAAUCGUCACCUGGAGAACAUAUUGCAGAUCAAUUCAUCGGCCGAUUACGGUCAAGAUGGACACAUUCUCGGUGCUGGGAUAAACGGCAGUAACGACCUGAAUCCAAUAGCAUUUAUUGAUAGCAACGAUGGCGAUGCCGAUGACGACGAAAGCUAUGACGAGGAAAGCAAGGCUGGCACUGAUUUUGCCAACGAUGACAAUGACAAUGGCAAUGGUGAUGGUGCCGAUAAUAAUAACAAUACCGAUGCGAACAACAAUGAAGACAACAACUCUCCACCCUUACACAUUGAUAUUUUCAACACACUGAAUAACGGCAUUGGGGCGCCAGAAGGAGAAGAAAAUCAGCAGCCACUUGCAGCUGCAGCUGCAGCUGUGGCAGUGCCAGCUUCAGAUGUUGCAGCAGCCGUUCCAGCCAUCAUUGAUGAUGCUGAGAUAAUUUAUGUGCCAGGUUCGGACAGCGAAGCAUCUGAUGACGAUUCCAAUGAGCUCGACUAUCUCUUCGAAGAUGAUGACAGUUAUUUUGGGGAAGAGUAUUGAAACCACAAUAUGCCACAAUAUUAUUAAAUGUAAAACGAACAUAAAAUAAAAGAAAGAAAGCAAGUAAACAAAGGAGAAAGAAAGAAAGCAAGUAAACAAAGGAGAAAGAAAGAAAAGAAAAAGCCAAAAUAUUCAGCAAAACAGGAAACUACAUGUAAAACAUAAAAAUACUAAUAAUAAUUCUGGAACAGAAAAAAACAAAAAACAUUUCAGAUCAAAAUUCCAUAAUUUCAAAGAAAUAUUGACUUUACAGAAAAUUUAUAUAUAUAUAUAUAUAUCAUAUAUAACUGUAGUUAUUACCAAUAAAAAAGAGUUCCUACGCAAGUUUAGU